AGGUGCCGCGAGGGGGGAGCGCGGGGGGAGGCGGAGUCUCCACAGUCCUGGCAGGGCCGCCAUUUUUGCAAAGGGAAAAGAGACCGCUUUUGAGGGGGCUCAAAUUAGGAAAAGUCGCUCUUAGCCCAGCGAAUAGUUUGUUUUCAGCGCUUCCCCCCCCCUCGAUUCGUGCGCCGACCCGGACCUCCCUCCCCCCUGGUGCAGCAGCAGAGGCGGCGCGGAUUUUUGGACAGGAGAGGACAGUCUCGAGGAGGCGAGAAUCCGAACCUUUUUCCAGCUUUUUUUGCUAGUGCUCCGCAGUGCUCGAGUAUUGUUUUGGUUGUCGGAGCCUUGCGCGGAGAGCGGCGAGGGUCUUGCCCCGCUCCCCGGACCGACCCCCCUCCAACGUGGAUAUAACACGGUACGUCCGGCGCCGUUUGUUGUUCAUGUCAGCGUCUUCCAAAUCCGAGCUGGAAGGCUAUUGUUGGCUUUAGUUUAGCUGGCUAACGUUGUAUCGGCUGUGUGCGGAGCUUCCACGCUUGCCCGGCCUCGCUUGUAGUCGAUUUAAUGGCAAUUCGCCGGGCAUUUCCAGAGAAAUACCCAAGUGACGUAUGCUACUAAAGUGUCAAGUUGGCCGAAAGAGCGCUGGCUACCAGCUAGCUCGUGCUAUUAGCCCAAAUUAGCUUGACAGAUACGGAGUGUCAACGUUUGAGUGGCCGCACUUAAAACGUCAUAAAAAGCUAUAGUGUUGUCGUUCGAAUGUGCAGAGCGCAGCGGUCGCUGAAGUCAACCCGAGCUCGCUGCUCGAACUUGGCGAUUCGAGGGGGGCGUAACACGGUGGUAAAUGUCAAGGCUUUGUUAAAACGAUCAAUAACAGAACUACGCCGAGCUGCGGUGUGGGGGCCUUGUGGAUGCACUUAGAUGUCUGCAAUGAGUGCUGUGGCUGGAAUGCCUCAGUGUUUUGGACUACCAUUCUCUGGACUCAGUAGGACAAGAACUGAUCAGCAGAGAACGUCAUGAGCAUAGUCAUCCCUGCGGGGGUGGACACAGCAGCAGACGCCUCGUACCUGGACAUGGCGGCGGGCUCGGAACCUGAGUCGGUAGAGGCCAGCCCCGUGGUGGUGGAAAAGUCCAGCUACCCGCACCAGAUCUACAGCAGCAGUUCUCACCAUUCCCACAGUUACAUCGGCCUGCCUUAUGCUGACCAUAACUAUGGGGCGCGUCCCCCGCCCACACCGCCGGCCUCGCCUCCCCCCUCCAUGUUGAUGCGUCAGGGCGACGGGGGGUUGUUUGUUCCGGGCGGCCAGGACGAAGCGUCCACGGGCACAACGCUCAGCACUUCCGAGGAUGGCAGCUACGGGGCCGACAUCACCCGCUGCAUCUGCGGCUUCACGCACGAUGACGGCUACAUGAUCUGCUGCGACAAGUGCAGCGCCUGGCAGCACAUCGACUGCAUGGGCAUCGACAGGCAGAACAUUCCUGAGACGUACCUGUGCGAACGCUGCCAGCCGAGACACCUGGAUCGGGAGAGGGCUAUCCUUCUGCAGACGAGGAAACGGGAAUGUUUGUCAGUAGAUGGGGACACCAGCGCAACGGAGAGUGGAGACGAGGUCCCUCUGGAGCUCUACUCCACCUUCCAGCACACGCCCACCACCAUAACCCUCACCACCGGGCGCCUUGGCAACAAGCAGGUGGAUAAGAAGCGCAAGAAGAGCUGCGAAAAGGACCCUCCUGCAUCGACCGCGCGAGCCAAGAAGGCCUUCCGCGAGGGUUCCAGAAAGUCCUCGAGAGUAAAGGGCGCCGCUCCCGAGCAGGAGCCGACCGACCACCCGGCGCUGUGGGAGAACAAGAUCAAGACUUGGAUGGAGCGCUACGAGGAGGCCAGCAGUAAUCAAUACAGCGAGGAUGUGCAGGUGCUGCUGCGCUUCAAAGAGCAAGGCGACGGCAAGAGCCUGGCUUACAACACGCACUUGGCUUCCUUCAAGCCCCCGGUGGAGAGUCAAGUUCAAAAGAACAAGAAAAUCCUCAAGGCCGUGAGGGACUUGGCCCCGGAUUCCCUCAUCAUCGAAUACAGGGGCAAGUUUAUGCUUCGGCAGCAGUUUGAAGCCAACGGAUACUUCUUCAAGAGACCUUACCCCUUUGUGUUAUUUUACUCCAAAUUCGACGGGCUGGAGAUGUGCGUGGACGCGCGUAGCUUCGGCAACGAGGCGCGCUUCGUCCGGCGGUCCUGCACCCCCAAUGCCGAGGUACGGCACGUCAUCGAGGAGGGCAUGUUGCACUUGUACAUCUACUCGCUGAGGCCUAUCACCAAAGGCACGGAGAUCACCAUCGGUUUUGAUUACGACUACGGCAGCUGUAAAUACAAGGUGGACUGCGCCUGCGUGAAGGGCAACCCCGAGUGCCCCGUGCUCAAGCACAACCUGGAACCCACCGAGAACCUGGGAUCCACCGGGCGUCGGCGCAACAGUCGCAAGGACAAAGACCCGGGUCGCGAGGACCUGGGCCAGAACCAGAACUUGAGCGUGGACGGCGAGGGCAAGGGCAAGAACAUGGGCGACUGCAAGCAGAGGAAACUGUCUCCACUACGACUUUCCAUCUCAAACAACCAGGAUCCUGACUUAUUUGAGGAUCUAGAAGACAAAACGUCCGUUAGCAAUGAAGUAGAGAUGGAGUCAGAGGAACAGAUUGCGGAGAGGAGGAAGAAGAUGACACGAGAAGAGCGGAAGAUGGAGGCCAUCCUGCAGGCCUUUGCGCGCAUGGAGAAGCGCGAGAAGCGGAGGGAGCAGGCGCUGGAACGCAUCGGCAGCGUCAAGCCUGAGAUCGGGGGACGCGGCGACAUCAAGGAGGAGCCGCCUGCCACUCCUGAGACGGUGGAUUCUCCUUCUGUUGUACAGCCGCCUCUUCUUGAGGUUAAAGAGGAGCCAGGGUUGAAACCGGCCAAGGUCAAAGGCUCCCGGAACAGGAAAAGCUUCUCCAGGAACCGAACGCACAUCGGUCAACAGCGGCGGCGAGCCCGCACCAUCAGCACCUGCUCCGACCUGGCCCCGGGUUCUCCGGCCGAGCCGGCCGAGCCUUUGCCCGCCGAGCCGGCGGAAGGGGAGCCGCCCAGCGCGCCGGAGCCCGAGGCCGUCGCCCCGCAGCCGCCGGACGCCAGCCCCCCGCAGAGCAGCUCGCCGGCGCACGACCGAAACCGCGUCGGAGCAAAGAAUUUCAAAACGAAAAAGCACUUUGUAAGCGAAUGGGUGGGCGAGAAGCAAGCGGAACGCUCCGCGGCGCGCACACCUGAGCCGCCGGCGCCCGAGCGGCCCCUACGGAUCAGCAGCGACCCCGAAGUCUUGGCCACCCAGCUCAACGCCCUGCCUGGCCUGGCCUGCUCGCCGCAGGUCUACAGCACGCCCAAACAUUACGUCCGCUUCUCCUCGCCUUUCCUGGCCAGCCGCAGCCCCACCACCCCCGGCGUCCCCACGGGAAGACGACGUUCCCGAGAACUGCCCGAAACGCCUCCGACCACCGGCUCCUGCAAGAAGCGAUGGUUAAAACAGGCGCUGGAAGAGGAGGGAUCCACCAGUCCGGCCAGAAGACCCAGUCACUUCAUGCCUAGCGAGGGUCCUCUCAGCCCUUCCAUUAAUGGGGACUCGGACAGCCCCCUCCCCAACGGCUCCUGUUCACUGCCCGAGUUGCCCACGCCUUUGAAAAAACGCCGCUUAAGCCCCCUCGACACCUGCAUGUCCGAGAGUUCCACGCCCUACGGCUCCCCUUGUGCCACGCCCACCAGGGCCGACCAAUCGGAGACGUCUUUGCCGCCCGCGCUGACGGCCACGCCGCCGCGGCCUCGAACCGAGGAGCCCGGAGUCGAACGUUUCACCAGCACCCCACCGCAAACACUUAGCACUCCCCAAGAGAGUGAAUCUUCCACGGAAAACUCGCCGGAUGUCAGUGCGAAAGCAAAUUCGUCAGAGACCGAUCGCCCUCCUUCGUUGAUCCCGUCUCCUUCUGUUCGGACGCCGAGCACCGACGGCAUCCCGCCCGAGGCCAAGACGUCGAUACCCGGGAGUCCGCAGCCCCCCCCUGUCGUCGAAUGCGCGGAUUUAACGGAAGAGCGGGCUGACGUCGGGACGGCGGAUGGCGUCGAACCGUCCUCGUCCGCUGAAACCGCCGCCCCCUCGUCUUUUCCCGGCUGGAUAAAAAGCCCGGAAAGGUGCCCGGCGACACCGGCCGGCCUCAGUUUCUCACCCAUCAACUCCAACUUAAGGGACCUCACGCCCUCGCAUACCUUGGAGCCCCUGCAAGCUCCUUUCAGACCCGACGUCACGACGGCGGCUGCUCAGCCGGCAUUGAGCGAGGCCCAGGGUCCGCUUUUUUACCCCUGCUCCGAAGACGCGACCUCCGCUAGCUUCUCGCGCUCGCUCAACGGCGACGAGUUAGGCGGGUCCGCGCAGAAUCCCCCGCAGAAGAAAAAGGUUUCCCUGCUGGAAUACAGGAAGCGACAACGCGAAGCUCGCCGUAGCGGCUCAAAGAUGGAAUGCGGCUCCCCGGUUUCCGCCGUGCCCCCUUUGAGCAUUGAUGUGUUCCCCGCGGUCGCCGCGGAGACACGCAACGAGGCCGCCUUACCCCCACCGCCCCCCCCUCCUCCACCUCCUUGCAGCGUCAAGGACCCGCAGACAUCGGAAGAGUCGGAAAAUGCUGGGGAGAGGGAAGGAGAAGGACAAUGGACGUCUUCCACGUCUGUCGAGCAGGCUCGUGAGCGGAGUUACCACAGAGCUUUGCUACUCAGCAAAGACAAAGACGCAGAUGGUGAAGCAGAGGAUGGAGAGAUGCCAACACCCAUGGACUGUACAUCUCCCGGUCCUCAGAAGACCCCAACUCACGCACCGGGCUCUCCCGUUCCCGCCUUGCCCUCGAACUGGAAAGAGGAAGAAGGCGACGGUCCCCCUCGAGCGGGCAACCCGACCCCGCAGCCGCCCAAGUCGAAAUCGGCGCCCGUCACCCCGACCAAGCCGCACCCUCCGCCGACCUCGUCGGCGGCGCACUACCCGGGGUCGGUGCUCCUCCACGGGCAGCCUCAGAGCUCGACCUACCGCAGUCAAAGGGCGCUCUUCUCCUCCCAGAACCAAACUUCGGGGCAGGCCCCUGCGCCUUCGUUCGUCCAGUACGGCGCUCAGGGCGCCCCUCCGCCGCCGCCCCCGCCUCCACCGCCCGCCUCCACGGGCUACUUCCCUUCUCAAACUGCCUUCCCGGGAUUCAAAGCGACGGUGACGCCCUCCUACUCCCCUGGCUCUCAGGGCCUAAUGCAGACUCUUCCCCACAGCGUGCACUACCAAACCUCGGCCGCCCCGCCUCCUCCCCCGCCCCCUCCGCCCCCGCACCCCAUGUCAGGCCCCACCCUACUGCACGUCAACCUGCAAGCCGCCCCUAUCCAGCAGAUAAUGCUUGCGGCCGCCCCCGCGCUGACGCAGGGCCAGCCCUCGACUCAGCAGCAGCAGCCGCCCCUGUCCCUCACCCCGCCUCCGCCGCCGCCCCCUCCGCCGCCCAACCCAUCCGGCGGCGCCCACCACUUUCAGAACUUGGCAGGGUUCCAGACAACUUUGCUCACUAACUCCGCGGUGCCCCCGUCGGCGUACCCCCCGUCCCUCCAGCAGACCGGACUGCCGCCGCCCCCGCCUCCGCCCCCGCAACAGACUCAGCAAGGCUCGGCCGCCACACCUCAGUUGCCGAACCCGCGGGCCCCCGCUUCUUCCGCGCCCUUCCACACUUCGGGUUACCUGAGCACAGGGUGGCACUGAACUCUGCACGAGGGGGGCGCGGGGGCCCGGGUCUGCUUGCGAAGGGCAUUUCCAUAGGAAAAUAUUCCAAAUUGGAAGCUUUCCAUGAGUUUCAACGGGAACGAAAUCAAAAUGAAUACCGACUAUAAGUCGCACCGAAGUCAAAAGUGCGACUUAUAGUCCAGAAAACGAAUCGUAUCCCAGUCCGACCUUCAAUUCCCGGUUCAUUCCUGUCGAUUCCCAUGGAAAUCUUCCCACUUUAAAAAUUCCUGUCAUUUUGUGACCCUAAACAACAGGGCAAUGUAGUUUUUUUAUGGCCAGUGGAAAAACAGCUGAUUGUUGGUUCAAAGGGUAUUUCAUCGAAAUUUAAAAAAAAAAAAAAAAAAAAAAAAGACUGACAUCCUCUUGAAGUGAUACUGUAAAAGAUGGCGCCCCCUGGUGGUGCUCUUUGCGCCCUUCUGGUUUUCUACUUCCUUCUCGCAACGGGCGGGCGAGGAGUUCACUGUUGUGCGUCUCGUUCGGGUUCCUGUUGUUCCUGCCGCACUUUGUUCGUUUAGCAUUGGACAUUCCAGCCUUUUCCCCGCCUCGCCCUUCUGUUUCAACUCUGCCUGCCAUCGACGGCGAUAGACGUCCAAUCCAUUUGAAGUGGAACCCUCCCACUUCAAAUAGAUUGGACGUCUAUCAGUGAUAAACACACUGAAAUUCUUCUCACCGUCAAUGGCACCGGCGUGUUACACCGUUUUUUCCUCCCGUGAAGACAAAAAUUUUUCCUCAGUCUCACAUCCGAAAAAAAUCGGAACGCGGGAAUGAGUUUGUGUGUUCGGCGGUCUUUCGAGAGGUCCCGCAGUUAUGCUAGCAGUUUAUUAUUUUUUGAAUAAGGAGCGUUACUUGUAGAAAGUGUAUCGAAAUGUAUAAUAGGUGGUUACGCCGGCUUUCACCAAGAACACGUUUGUAAAUAUCUGCUGUCGUUCUUUUUUUUUUUUUUUUUUUUCUACGCCUGUACAAUUCGCUGGCAUCGCGCCCCUCCAUUUUUCAAACAUGGUUGUACAUAGGAACGCUCUUCUUGGCAAAGCUGAAUGUUUCCGUGACUGUAGCAUUAUUUUUUAUUUCCACCUUCUCUGGACUCAUUGACUUUGUCCUGUUUAUUUUUUAUUAUUAUUAUUAUUAUUAUUAAUAUUAUUAUUCGUGUGUGUGAGUGUGUUUGUGCUGAGGGGAGGAGCUCACAAACACUGCACUGGUUGGCUAUUUUCAUGGUUCAUUAUAAUAAAUCACUGUUAUGACAGUUUUAUAAACACUUCAGUUUGACGUUGCAUUUUUGAAGAAAUUGAAGCAUUUUCAAAUUUGCUCUUUAUUUAACGGAAAUGAUGUCAAGGUGAUACACUCCACUCUUUUAUGGACAUUUUGCCUCUUAAUUUGAUCGUGAAAAUACAUGCAGAUAGGUUAAAAACGAUAAAAUUGCGGUAUUUUUUAAAGUAGACCCUAUAAGUUUGCACUUUCAGUUGUGGCCACUAGCGAGCGCUGUUUCUUGGUAUAGAUUCCUGGCCUCAAAACUGCAAUUUUUUAAUUUUCUUUUUUUAUGAAAACAUACAGGUGGAGGAAAUAC